CCCCCGGCGUCGCCGAGGCCCGCUGACAUCAGCCGCGCUCCUCCCCUCGCCUCCCAACACCCUCAGCUCCCGGCCGGACCCUCCCUCCUCCCACCACGUGUCCUCCCCGCUCCCUCCCGAGGGGCCGCGCGGACGGGAAGCCGGAGAGACGCAAAGGAUGGCGCUGUGACAGCCGGGCCGGAGCCCUUGGCGUCUCCACCCGCGGCCCCGGGCCGCGCCGGGGCGCUCCGCCUGGCGAAAUGGAAUCCACAGCCUACCCUCUCAAUUUCGUCCUGAAGGAAGAGGAACAAGAAGAAGAGAUUAGGAGCCGGGAACUGGAGGAUGGUCCCACAGAUAUGCAGAAGGUCCGAAUCUGCUCAGAGGGCGGAUGGGUGCCGGCCCUGUUCGAUGAGGUGGCCAUAUAUUUCUCUGAUGAGGAGUGGGAAGUUUUGACGGAGCAACAAAAGGCCCUCUACCGGGAGGUCAUGAGGAUGAAUUAUGAAACUGUCCUGUCCCUGGAAUUCCCAUUCCCUAAGCCCGACAUGAUCACUCGGUUGGAAGGGGAGGAGGAGUCUCAGAAUUCCGACGAAUGGCAGCUCCAAGGAGGAACCUUUGCAGAAAAUGAAGAAUCCGACCUGAAGCCCCCGGAUUGGGCAAGCCCGAUGCACACGGCCUCCCAGUUUCCCCAGCCUCAGCACCUGGACGGCUUUGGCCUCCGUCUGCCUCGGGACAUCACAGAGCUGCCCGAGUGGGGCGAGGGGUACCCCUUCUACAUGGCCAUGGGCUUCCCUGGCUACGACCUCUCGGCCGACGACCUGGCCGGCAAGUUUCAGUUCAGCCGGGGCAUGCGCCGUAGUUACGACGCUGGGUUCAAGCUCAUGGUGGUGGAGUAUGCGGAGAGCACUAAUAACUGCCAGGCGGCCAAGCAGUUUGGGGUGCUGGAGAAAAACGUCCGCGACUGGCGCAAGGUGAAGCCACAGCUGCAGAAUGCGCAUGCCAUGCGGCGCGCCUUCCGGGGCCCCAAAAACGGGCGCUUUGCCCUUGUGGACCAACGUGUGGCUGAGUACGUUCGAUACAUGCAGGCCAAGGGGGACCCCAUCACUAGGGAGGCCAUGCAGCUGAAAGCUCUCGAGAUCGCCCAGGAAAUGAACAUUCCAGAGAAAGGGUUCAAGGCCAGCUUGGGUUGGUGCCGCAGAAUGAUGCGAAGGUAUGACUUGUCUCUGCGGCAUAAGGUGCCGGUGCCCCAGCAGCUGCCCGAAGACUUGACUGAGAAGCUUGUCACCUACCAGCGAAGUGUCCUGGCCCUGCGAAGGGCGCACGACUACCAGGUGGCUCAGAUGGGAAAUGCAGACGAGACGCCCAUUUGCUUGGAGGUGCCCUCAAGGGUGACUGUGGACAACCAGGGUGAAAAGCCGGUCUUGGUCAAGACACCAGGCAGGGAGAAACUGAAAAUCACGGCUAUGCUUGGCGUCCUGGCUGAUGGGAGGAAGUUACCUCCGUACAUCAUUCUGAGGGGUACGUACAUCCCCCCCGGGAAGUUCCCCAGUGGCAUGGAAAUCCGCUGCCACCGGUACGGAUGGAUGACGGAGGACUUGAUGCAGGACUGGUUGGAAGUGGUGUGGAGGCGGAGGACUGGCGCCGUGCCCAAGCAGCGGGGGAUGCUGAUCCUGAACGGCUUCCGGGGUCACGCCACGGAUUCGGUGAAGAGCUCCAUGGAAAGCAUGAACACUGACAUGGUCAUCAUCCCGGGGGGCCUGACCUCGCAGCUGCAGGUGUUAGAUGUGGUGGUCUACAAACCGCUGAAUGACAGUGUCCGGGCGCAGUACUCCAAUUGGCUUCUGGCGGGAAACCUGGCGCUGAGCCCCACUGGGAACGCCAAGAAGCCGCCCCUUGGCCUCUUUCUGGAGUGGGUCAUGGUAGCGUGGAACAGCAUCUCAAGUGAAUCCAUUGUCCAAGGGUUCAAGAAGUGCCACAUCUCCAGCAACUUGGAAGAUGAAGAUGACGUCCUAUGGGAAAUUGAGAGCGAGUUGCCAGGAGGAGGGGAGCCACCCAAAGAGUGUGACACGGAGAGCCUGACAGAGAGCAACUGAGGGAAAGCCAAGCAAUUGGAACUGUGUUUGGAACAGUUGGGGAAGAAGGUCCUUAAGAAGAUUCCUCAUGGUGUGGAUGCAUGGAAGAAGGCCAUGGGGCUCAAACAGUGCAGGUCUGGACAGCAGCCCAGGUCUGGACAGCAGCCCGAGCAUCCCAUCCUGGGCAACAGCUCAACUCCGCCCAACAUCGAUGAGGUGCCAGAAAAGUCUAGGACCCUUAAUUCAUCAGAGACAUAGUUAGAAAAGAAACUACUUCUGCCUCAUUUUCUUGUUUUAGAGAUGACUUCAUGCGUCCGUUAAAGGAAACCUGUAAAUAGGAAUGAACAAAGGUAUUUCCUGGAGAUGAGACCAUUUGUUCAGCACCAACAAGAGACUUACAUACGGGCCCAGCUCCACUGCUUUCCUUUCUGUGGAGAAAACCUCAAGUAAAAUGUUUUUUCUUCUGCCUUUAAAAAUGCUUCCAUCAGUAGAACCUGUCCCCACACAGGUCAAGACUGCAGAGAAAGCUUUGUAGAAAUGGUCAUUUAUGUACACCUGCUACUUACACAUUGCCUCUUUUUGGAAAAAUGAGAUACUGAUGAUCAUAGCAAAAUUCAGACGUACUGGCCUGGAGCCAGCAGAUGGAUUUUCUAUAGACAAACUAGGUUAGUGUGGAAGAUACAGGUUAAAAUAAACUAUGCUGUUUUAUUUAUCUUCCCAAUCUGGUUGGCAGCUAAACUUUUUUAGGGUCUCAUUUAAUGGCCCUGUUUUUCCUUAUUAUAUUUAAUGAUCGGGUAGCAUUUAGUACACAAGCUCUUCUGUUCUCAGGCUGCCUGCUGGAGAAAUCACCAUAAAUUAUCUGCUGUCUACAUGGUACAAGGCUCACUGACUCUGAUACUUGUUAAUUUCUUUUUGUUUUGUUUUAUCAUAAGGGUGGUGAGAGGGCUUGAGCCUUUAGCCACAGCUGUCUCAAGACUUCUGAUCUUCUAUCCUGCAGAAAUAGGUGGGAGGCCUUUGAAUUUUUACACUAUAGUAAUUUGCAUUCCCACAUAAGUUGAGUGUUAUGAAAACAUUCCUUCAAAGCUAUUUGUGCUACAAAAAAUAUGCCAGAACCUCAUAGACAAAGCCAUUGCUAUAAAUGUCAUUCCAAUGUCAAAGCUGGAUAAAAGACUACCAUAACCACUUUCCCUUCCAGCAGACCCAGCUCAUUUAUAUAUUAUGCUGUUCUUGGCAUCUUGAAACACCUAUUUCUACUCAGGUACUCAUUUUCCUAUUAGUCAUUCUUUUUAAAACCAGUUUUCCUCUAAGAGGGGAAAUUUCACUUAACUUCUUAUAUCUGAAUAACUUUGAAUGUUUGUUUCCCCAUUUGCUUUUACCUCUACUGUAUUGUCAUCUCAAAUGGCAUCUAAAUCCAGUUGUGUUUCAUUCCAAAAGUUUUCAUUCCCUCCCAUUUCACUUAAUUUAUCCUCCACUGUUCUGGUUUCUGGUCUUUUCCUCUUUAUGUCCUAUUUUACUUGCUUAGGGAGCUUAAAGGAUUUUCUAAGACCUAAUAUUUGGUUCCUGCACUGGAGCCAUAGUUAUAUUGCAGAGAAGAGUAGAAAAUGGGUUCAACUCCUGUUUCAUUCCACCAACACCUUCUUGAGUCUCAUCAUCAGCUGAUAGAUGAUGCCUUACAGGUUGCAUAGCACUGGAACUUGAAUAGAGUAAUGGCUCUACUGUCAGGGUUUUUCUGGGCUCAUUCUUCCACUGACUUAAUUAUGAUCUAUGCCUAACCGAGCCCUAGUACAACUAUUUUGCAGAAUGGCCUAGAGUUACUAUAGCACAUAUUGAGACAUAGUUGUACUCCCCAGUAGAUAGGAACUGACUCCAACAAUAAACUUUGAUAAUAAAGACAAUAA